AUGCGUGUCUCGAAGGUCGUGGCAACCAUCCUGCUGGGGUUUGCCGUCGUGGAGGCGGCGAACAGUGACCAGGGCCAGGGCGGACAAGAUUCGAAGGAGGUCAGUGCCGACAACAACGGCGGUGGUGGCGGUAAUGGAAGCCAAAAGGAAGCCCAAGGGGGCAAUGACAGCAACCAGGGCGGCGGCAACGGAGACCAGCAGAAAGGUCAGGGCCAGCAGGGCCAGGGCCAGCAGGGCCAGCAGGGCCAGCAGGGCCAGCAGGGCCAGCAGGGCCAGCAGGGAAAUGGCCAGAAAGGUCAACAAGGAGGCCAGGGCCAACAGGGCCAAGGUCAGGAUAAUCAACAGGGCGGCAAGAAUGGCAACGGACAGCAGAACCAAGACGGAUCGGACCAAAAUCAGAAAGGGGGGAACCAGGGUAACAAGAACGGCGGCGGAAACAACAACAACAACAAUAACGACAACAAUAAUAACAACAACAACAACAACGGGGACAAUGGAAAGGGCGCCGAUCAGAACGUGACGCAAGGCCUGCUGCCUCUCCCCGGCGCCCCCGAAGCGGCAGCAUCACUAAAGCCCCUUCCGGGCCUCGCGAGCUUGCCACCAUCAGCCCAGCAAAGCCUCAAGCCCUUGGGCAGUGCCGCGCCCCCUCCGCCAGCGAAGCUACAGCCCCUGGGCGGCGGCGCCCAGGCGAACGCGAGCGCACCACCGCCUCCGGGCUCGGUAUCCUCGACCAUCGACCUCGCUCAGCUGACGGCCAUCGCGAACUCGGUCAACGGCGGCGGCGGCGCCGCGCCCCCGGCGGCCGUAGAGACACCCGUGGGCUCCUUGUCGAACAACACCAGCCCGGCCGCAGCGACGCCCGAGUCCGGCUCCGGCUCCGGCUCCAGCUCCGGCGGCCUGAAGCAGCUGCCCGCCCCGGCCGAGGCACCACCCGCCGGCGCCGCGCCGGCCGCCACGCCCGCCAUGUUCAUGACGAUCCCUGGGGGCAUGAUGGGAGGCGAGGCGCCGAUGGCCACGGCCACGCCGCCGGCGCAGGUAAUUCCCGGCGCGGUGCUGCCUGCCGUGGCGAACCUGGAGCCGCUCCCCGGGUCCGUCUCGUCGGACGCGAGCCUGAUGGCGCUUGCGCCGCAGACCAUGACGACCAUGACGAUGACGCUGGCCGCGCCCGACGGCAGCACCGUGCUGGCUACCAUGACGGCGCCUGUCAACGCCACCGCGGCGGCGGCGUCCAGGGGCAACGCCACUGCGACUGCGGGCAGCGGGUCGGUGCAGGUCGCUGGGGCUUCGGCCUCGAGGAGCUCCGGGACGACGGGCGUUGUGCUUGUGCUGAGCGGGGUCGUGGGGUUGCUGGGCUAUCUUAUGGGUUGA